GAGAGCCGGGAAGCUGUGCCUGGCGAACCCGAGGGGUGCUCCGCGUUCCCCCGUCCUCCUUCCGGGAGCGAGAAUGCAGACUCCGAAACUGGCGCUGCUGGGCUGAGGCGCAGGCAGGGGACUUGCAGCGCGCGCGGCUCCGUGAGUGUGUCUCCUGAGCGCGGAGAGGCGGGGGGAGGAGGAGGAAGAAGAGGAGGUGGAGGAGAAGGUGGAGGAGGAGGGGGAGAAUGCCCGGAGCCUCGGCCGCUGCUGCUGCCGCCGCCGCCGCGAUGCUCCCGGCUCAGGAGGCUGCCAAGCUCUACCACACUAACUAUGUGCGGAACUCGCGGGCCAUCGGCGUGCUGUGGGCCAUCUUCACCAUCUGCUUUGCCAUCGUCAACGUGGUGUGCUUCAUCCAGCCCUACUGGAUUGGCGACGGCGUGGACACCCCGCAAGCCGGCUAUUUCGGGCUCUUCCACUACUGCAUCGGCAACGGCUUCUCCCGAGAGCUGACCUGCAGGGGCAGCUUCACGGACUUCUCCACGCUGCCCUCGGGCGCCUUCAAAGCCGCCUCCUUCUUCAUCGGCCUCUCCAUGAUGCUCAUCAUCGCUUGCAUCGCUUGCUUUACCCUCUUCUUCUUCUGCAACACGGCCACCGUGUACAAGAUCUGUGCCUGGAUGCAGCUCACCUCUGCUGCCUGCCUUGUGCUUGGCUGUAUGAUUUUUCCUGAUGGCUGGGAUUCAGAUGAAGUAAAAAGAAUGUGUGGAGAAAAAACCGACAAGUACACUCUUGGGGCUUGUUCAGUUCGUUGGGCAUACAUCCUGGCUAUUAUUGGGAUUUUGGAUGCCCUGAUCCUCUCGUUUCUGGCAUUUGUUCUUGGUAACCGACAAGACAGUUUGAUGGCAGAAGAGCUGAAGGCAGAAAACAAAGAUGAUGGAAAUGCUUAAACAAACUAAGGUAGUGUGAGACCACACCAUUUCUGCUAAGCCAAUAUUCUCUAGAAUGAGCACAAGUCAACUAACAGCUAAAUAAAUCAAAUAACAGCUUUUGUACAUCAACAUCAACAAGGAAGACAUUUGGGAGAGAUCAGCGUACAGCAAUGGAUACAGACAAGAAUGAAGCAUCCACUUGUCAAAGAACCUUCCAAAUCUAAGUAGACAGAGAUAGGAGUGUGUUUCUGGAAGAGAUGUGAUAAUGAAUUAAACACCAGAUGAUUGGAAACUGUCAUUGAAUAAAAUCAAAUAAUAUUACUGAGUAACCAUAUUCAGAAAAUUGUCUAAGGAAGAAUGCAAAUGUGUAAGAAUUAAUAUGUAAAAUAGACAUUGUACUGAGGUUUGUAGGCUGGCCUUUUUAAAUCAAACCGAAAACUAAAAGCUUUAAUCUCUCAAGAUCAUUUUUUAAAACAAACAAACAAAAAAAGGCCAUCAAUCCUACAGUAUUCCUAUCUCAAUAAUCAAGAGGCUGAUCAAGCACCAUUUGUUGAGAAAGCAGCUUAGAAAUGCCUCUAAAUGUGCUGAAGUCAUGACCUUUGGCUCCUCUUCUCUGCCAUUCGUUUGUUUCACUAUGUAGUUGAUUAUAUCCACUCAGUCAAGAGACGUAAUACUUCAAACUGUUUACUUGAUCUGUGUUCAGUUUAAUCUGUUCGUACAAGUUAUUAUGAGAAAGUGUUUCUGACAUAUACUACUACUCCAUCAAGCUGUAUAUUGCAAAAAGUACAUCUUUAUAAGUUCCUGUAAUGUAGAUUUUCCUAUCUUUCAGGAAACAACAUCAAGAAACUCUGAAAAGUAAUAGAAAGUUCAUUUUCACCUUGGAUGUCCACAUGUAGUAUAUAGGCUAAUAUCAAAUAAACACUUUUUCUAAUUCUCCCUAGUAUAUGCAUAAGAGUUUAAUAUACUUUAUAAAUAGGUAUCUAAGAUAUCUCCUUUUUUUCUAUCUCAUUGUUAUACAUGCCACCAGAAUUCGUCUCUUCUUUACUGACUAGCACUCAUUUUUCUUUUAAAGAAUCAUUCAUUAAUCCUAUUUCUAAAGGAUAGUAAGUGGUACUACAAAAAAAUAAUAAUUUCAUAGCCUUAGAAAUAAACAAAUAUGUAGAUAUACAGGUCAAAGAAUCUUGAUAAGAGUAAGUUGCCUUUUUAUUUACUAAUGAUGCUUUCAAAAAUGCUAUGUUUUUUUUAGUUGACUAGCAUUUCCAAUGUAAUUAUAACCAAGAAGUUGUUAAUCUUUUGCUCCCAGGCUUCCCUGUCAUGACCUUCACCAUAUAUCCUGCCAAUAGACAACAACAGAAAAAUACCUAAUUUUAAAGUAGCAAAUUAUUUGAGAGUGAACACAAAUGAAAAUGUAUAUGCAGGAGAAAUCAAUUUAAACCAAAACUAUGUUCUACACCUGAGCAGACUACAUGGACAUGCAGAAUGUUUUCAUUCAUAGACUCAAAAGUAAGAUCAAACAAUAAAAUGUCACCAAACAAAGGCUACCACAGAAAUAUUAUAAAUCAUGCUUGAUUUCUCUUAUAUUCUCUUUACUAGGAUUAUACUCCUAUUUUAGCCAAAUGUUUCUGGUACUAGCCAUCUUUUCACCAUAAGUGGAAUUUUAUUCCAGAUGGCUUAAAGUACAUUACAAGUAUGCUCCAAUGAGUGAAACUUAAGUCACAAUGAGAUUUUUCUUUAAAAAUUAAAAAAAGAAAGAAAAGAAAAUUAAGGGAAUGCUUAUCAUCUCCAGCUAAUGUAUUAGAUAAUCUGGGAGGUUUUUGUUGUUUUAAAUAUUAGUUCUCCCACUGGAUUCAAAAUACGAUACUUACAAAAUUUAGUAACACAACUUACAAAAUUUAAUUACACACAACUUUUCAGGAAUCCAUCAUUUAUUUAAAGAGAUGUACCUCUCUACAGUAAAAAAGGUAUUGUCUUUCUCUAAUUCAUAUAUAUUGCAGAUUUCAUUGGGAGUCCUAUGCCACUAGUAAUGAUAUUUACAAAAAAUGAAAAGUGCUUCCUAUCCACAUGCAAAUAUUUUUUAAGUUUUUCCAUAAAACCUAAAUGUAAUUUAACAUACCACAGUGCUCUAAAGAUGGGUCAUUGACGAUGUACCAUUUGUAUAUAAGUGAUACUGUGUAAAUCACUAAAUGUUAGUUAAGUAUAAGAAGUAUGUUUUUACCUUUUUUUUUUAAAGUGACUCCCUUUCACAUUCUGUUCUGUUGUAUCGUGUCCAAAAGUUGUGUGUAAUUUUUUUAAGGUCCAGGAAAUGUAAAGAAAUUUGUUGGAAUACCUGAAUUUCUUUUAAAAAUAAAAAUAAAAAUAAGAUUUUGUUACUUAUAA